AUGAACCAGCCAUAUCCUUCAGCCAUAAACUACCCGCAAAUACCACCACCACCAAGAUCUCCAAAUUUAUCACCAUCCAAGUCAAACCCAAGAAACAAUCCAAUAAUAGACUUAAUAGAAACGGAAGAAAAAUAUGUGGAAGAUUUAAGAUGUUUAUUACAGCGAGUUACUAAAAGCUGGGACCGUAAUAAUCCUCCACCUCGUGAAUUAGAUUCCAUGUUUCAACUUGUUGAUGAAAUUUAUGUACAAAAUAGUAAUUUUUACAAUCAUCUUAAUAAUAUAGGAUUAGAUCCGCAAUAUUUAACAGAAUUAGCAGAAAUAUUGAUUAAUUGGGUGGAUCAAAUGGAACCUUCUUAUACAAUUUAUUGUAAACAGUUUAGAAAAGGUUUUGAUGAAUGGCCAGAAAUUGAAGAGAAUUUGGUUCUGCAACAAACAUUGAAUCGGCUUUUGAGAGGUUCAGAACCUGGUCGGAAAGAUUAUAAUCUUUUAGCAGAAGCCAAUACACAUAUUGAUGCACUUAUAGAAUUAGAAAAAAAACAUGCUAAAGGAUCAAACAUAGAUCCGAGACCAAAAAGAAGAGAAAUUGAUCAAAACGAAAUCGAUGAUGAUAAUGUUGACAUGCCAUUACCAGUGCCACAAACAGUAAAAUACACAGUUAUCAAUCCAUUAGAUUCUCAAUCUGACUUAGAAACCCCCUCUUUACCACCACCAAUACCGCAAGCGGUAAAAUAUACAGUUAUUGAUCCGGAAAAUUCUCAAGGCGAUUUGGAAAAGGAUUUAAAAUCCCCGCCAAUUGUUCAAAACCUACUACAUCCACGUAAUUAUCAAUGGACUUUACAGGAAUUUGAGAGUAUGCUAGAUGUAACUGAAGCAGAAAACUUUGAGGCAGUAGAGAUUGGUGUACGCUUAUUUUUAUUGACAGAUUUAUUAUUGAUAUGUCGACAAUUUACUCAGGAGGAAAAAAUACACAAUCCUUUAAAGGAAUUUUGGUUAUUAUUUCCACCAUUAAGUGGUCGCCACUUAGUUCUUGAAGAUAUAGACGAUGAAGAUGGAGACUUGAUGAGUUUGACAGUUCUAAAAAAAGAUACUUUAAUUCUUCGCGCAGAAAGACAAGAAAUUAAAGCAACAUGGUUCGAAGCAAUCUCAAAAGUAAUAGAUUUUGCUGUUCAAGCGGCAACUCCACAGAAUAACAAUAAAAAUGAAAUGGUACCAUCACUUCGUAAAGUUGGUAGCAAUCCCAAUUUUCCAACACCUCGACAACCGAUUGAAAUGCUGAGAAAAAGUCCAAGUAUAGAAAAUUUAUCAAGCACUGAUUCAGGAUAUGAUAACACGUUGAUGAAUAAUCAAUUAUCUCCAUUGCAGCCAUUACAAAACGAUUCAAUGAGUUCAUUGGAAUCGGUAAAUAGUAUUGGAUCAUUUGUAGAGACACUUUAUCAAACGCCACCAUCCGAAAUUUGCCGUUGGAUAAACGAUGAAUGGGAACUGUUUAUUAAUGAUAAGUGUAUAGUAGAAUUGAAGAUGACAUCCAUUAAAAGACCAUGUUUAGUUGUUUUACUAGCUAAAAAUGGGCAAAUGAUUCUCAAUUCGUGGAUUCAUUCUCAUACUACACUAUUUCGUGAAUCAAAAGUAGCUGUAAGUGUUUCAUGUGAUAUUGGUCCAGAUACCGAAUAUUACCGGUUUAGCACCCCAACUCCAGCUGAUGCAGACAAUUUAGUUGAAAGUAUAACAAAAGCAAAAGCAAUGACAAAUGAAGUAAUAGUACCCCAGGCACCGAUACAAAGUGAUACAGGACUUCAAGUACCCGGAGGAAUAAUUUAUUCCAGGUCAUCUUCAUUACAAAAAAAUGAGCAAGCAAGUGAAUUAGAACAAACCGUUACACAGGUAAUGGAAUCCAGUUGUAAAUUAUUUUUAAAGAAUGAUUAUGGUGUAUGGACAAAUCUUGGACGGGGUAAUAUGAAAUUGUCGUUAGAAACACCUUCACAUCGUAAAAGAAUAAUUAUAUAUUCUACUAAACAAAAAUCAAAAACAAUUGACGCAAUCGUUUGGGAAGCAGGCGUUGAGAGAAUAAAUAAAUCAAGUGUAGCAAUCACAUUAAACAAUAUUUCUUCCAAUACUCCUAUCGUAUACAUGAUACAAUUCAAUGAUGAAAAAACUUCAAUCAAAGCUUUCGAGAUCAUGAAAGGUGUUAAUUAA